CAUAGUUGUCACAGGCGCGUAACAUGUCACCAUCUACUCUACACAAACGGAGGAUAGGAUCUAAAUCGGGUAAACGGUCAACUGACUGUAGACGAAGUAGCAGACUACGCUGGAUCGAGUGUGAACGACUAAAAGAAAUUGUUCCAAGUGUGGCCGGUGCCGAAUGCGUGAAUGAGGUAAAAGUUAUCAAAGAGGCAAUCAAACAUAUCAGUCGGCUCGAGGAAGCGGUUAUUCAACGCCUAGUCUCAUGUGACUCGGAAAUGCUGCCGGUACGAACAAACAUCACUGGUUCAGUAUCCCACAACUUCUUGUCAGAUCGCCUACUAGCCCUGUUGAUGCACCGCCAAACAGAACCGACUCACCUCCCAUUGAGCCAACUUCAUCAAUCCUCCGGAAGCAUCUUUUGGCUUCCUCAACCUUUCCAUUUCAGUUCAUCGUCUGCCAGCACGCCGUGUUGUACGGAUGAAGAAGAUCACAUGAACCAGUGCGUUUGACGAAGGUAUCCUACUGACAACACUACAGAUCCGUCUUUCGAGUACACGUGAACAUCUUUGUGGAACGUUGACAGUGAAGGACGCAGAGUUUCGUGCACUUGUAAAUUUUGUACAGAAAUACUUUAUUAGCAAUAAAAAGUCGAA